ACAGACGAGCGCAUGGGCUUGACAAAACGGGACACCCAGCCGGAUGUUCCAAUGGCUGAUCUCGAACUGUUUUACUUUGAUCAACCGGAUCCGAUAGACGCCUCCCCGGCUUUAAAUGAGCCAAGUAUCAGCGAGAUCAGCGGCGAGAAGUCGCUUCAUCGCGGCGGAGGAGAGGCUUCAGCACCACGGACAGAGACCCGGAGAGCUGCGUGGCCGGAGGAGGAAACUGAAACAUCUUUCACCUGCCGGCAAGAGGAUGAAGGUGAUGAUGAUGAUGUCCAGCUGAUAGAGACAAAUGCGCACACCUGCAGACUAAGUCAGAGCUCCUCAAGUGAACUGUACGAGGAGGAGGAAGUGGUGCUGGAGGAGGAGGAGGAGGAGGAGGAGGACAUCCCGGAACUUUACUUGCUGUCCGACGAUGACCUGUCCUCUGACGGCUCGGGGAAGUCGGUGGAUUACGGCUUCAUCAUCGCCGUCACAUGCCUGGUGACCGGCAUCUCUCUGGUCGCCAUAUCCUACACGAUCCCCAGGGACGUGCGGGUGGACCCGGACAGCGUGUCCGCCCGGGAGAUGGAGCGGCUGGAGAGGGAGAAAGCCAGGGUGGGGGCCCAUCUGGACCGGUGUGUCAUAGCCGGACUGUGCCUGCUCACCCUCGGGGGCGUGCUGCUCUCCACCCUGCUCAUGAUCUCCAUGUGGCAAGGGGAGAUGAUGAGAAGGAAAGCCUUUGCGUAUUCCAAACACGCUGCAAAGUUGUACGGCUCGAUCAAUCUGAGAGCAGGCUCCAGCCCUACUCCGGGAUCCUGCUCGCAUUUGUCAGCGGCUGAUGAGGAUUUAGAAGUGCUCAGCUGA